CACUAAUGAUUAUUUUCUGUAGCACUUUAAAACCAAAGCAAAUUUUCACAAUGUAAAAUUGUGAAAGUAAAUUUAGAAUAUAAAAUUUAUAAACACAUUAUUAUUUAGGUUGUAUUAAAUUACAUAUAAGGAAAAAGUAAAAAGAAAUAAAUCAGUAUUGCAGUAGUAGUUGUUUCUGGAUGUGGAUAGUCUUUUCCUAUCCUUUACAUAUGUCUAUGUUUUCCAAACAUUCUACAAUAAUCUGUAAUUUUUUGUAUCCAAAAAUAAAUAAAAGAAUAAAAAGAGAUAUUCUUCCUAAAAUACAUAAUCUAUAUCUACACAGAAUAUUGACAUUUUAUGUAACUGUUUUACAUAAUCACUUGAUUAUUUUACACAAUCCUCCUCUUCUCUCUGUGGAUGACUUAGCCUUCUUCAUUAAGAACGUGAUGUGUUCUAUCUACUUUCCUGCAGGUGUAUACAGAUUAUCCACUGUCAUGACCAACCAGAGUUGCCAGGAACACUUCAUCUUGUUGGGUUUCUCAGACAGACCCAGGUUAGAGCAGAUUCUUUUUGUCUUUGUCCUCAUUUUCUACCUUGUGACUUUAGUGGGCAAUAGUGUCAUUAUCUUGGUUUCCUGCCUGGACCCCUGCCUCCAGACACCCAUGUACUUCUUCCUCACUAAUUUAUCCUUCCUGGAUCUCUGCUUUACCACCAGUUCUAUCCCCCAGCUGCUUUUCAACUUAGGCAGCCCAGACAAGACCAUCAGUUACAUGGGUUGUGCCAUACAGCUCUUCAUGUUCCUGGGACUGGGUGGUACAGAAUGUGUUCUUUUGGCAGUCAUGGCUUAUGACCGCUUCACUGCAAUCUGCAAGCCCCUCCACUAUUCCAUCCUCAUGCACCCUCAGCUCUGCUGGACGUUGGUGUCUGUGGCCUGGGGAGUUGGGCUUCUCAACUCUCUGGUUAUGUCUCCAGUGACUAUGAAGCUGCCACGAUGUGGGAGAUGCAGGGUGAAACACUUCCUAUGUGAGAUGCCUGCUCUGAUAAAAAUUUCCUGUGUGGAUAAAGUGGCUGUGGAGAGCACUGUUUUCAUUUUAUCAGUAAUAAUUGUCCUGGUGCCUCUGUUGUUUAUUCUCAUCUCUUACAGCAACAUUGCCCUAGCUGUACUGAGGAUCAAGUCAGCUGCAGGAAGAAGGAAGGCUUUCAACACAUGUGGGUCCCAUCUCACUGUAGUCUCCUUGUUUUAUGGGAAUAUUAUCUAUAUGUAUAUGCAACCAGGAAAUAAUUCUUCUCAGGACCAAGGGAAAUUCCUUACCCUCUUCUACAACUUGGUGACCCCCAUGUUGAACCCUGUCAUCUACACACUGAGGAAUAGGGAUGUAAAGGGUGCACUGAAGAGGCUUGUGUCUAGAAAGUAAGGUGACUGACUUUUCCUAAGGUUGCUUCUUUUACUUAGUUAAUGGAAAUAAAUAACUCAUGAAAUGAAAAAUUUAAAUUUAUGUAAAUAUUCCUAUCUACUCAAUAAAAACCUCCAGGGAUGGAGUUUGGGAGUAUGUACUAUAAAGCCCCAAAUAUGAUACUGAUGAUUAGCUAGCUAAUAAGUAAAAUUA